GAGAGAGAGAGAGAGAGAGAGAGAGAGAGAGAGAGAGAGAGAGAGAGAGAGAGAGAGAGUGCUGGCAGAAAAGACAAACUGUGGAACCAUGUCCUCCUCUGAAUCUAACAGCCACAGCAAGAGACUGCCCUCUGAGACAGAGCAUGCUCAGAGGGUCCUGGAGCUGGACCACACGCAGCAGCUGAAGCUCCGGGAGAGGCAGCGUUUCUUUGAGGAGGUUUUCCAGCACGACGUUGACGUCUACCUCUCUGCAGCCCACCUCCAGAUCGAGCACAAGAGACCGCCCAUCGGUAGCAUCUCUUCCAUGGAGGUGAAUGUGGACAUGCUUGAACAGAUGGAUCUCCUGGAUAUCUCUGAUCAAGAGGCUUUCGAUGUCUUCCUCAGCUCAGGGGCAGAGGAGGGCAGCGUUGCCACAGCUCUGGCAGACGACGACAGUGACGUGUACCAAGACGAUAUCACGCUGCAGGUACCCGGAGAAACCAAAUCUCGCACGUCCUCCACAUCCUCCACCUCCACAGACCCCUACAGCCUGGACACUAGCGAAGAGGGGGCGGAGACCCCCGUCGUCCAAUCAGACGACGAGGAUGCGCAAGCCGACAUGGAACUACUGACAGCCCCGCCCCUCCCCCAAGACAAGGAUCAGCCAGACCACGCUUCCUAGCAGCACCUCCACUGUCUUAUUGAGUUACUGCACAGCUAAACCUGCUUAGAACCAUUACAGCUAGUCAUAGAGAAGUGGUCUUUAAACACUGGAGAUGUGUGUACAGCUUGCAUCAGAGCAGGCACUGUAUGUAGACAGGUCUCUUCUGGUGGUCUUUGAUACCAGUUUGACUGCACUGGGUGUAGCUUUUCUGAACUCAUAAAUUUUAAAAGCACUCAUUAUGCUUUUUAUGGGGUAGUCAUUUUUUUCUUCACUCUCCAUGACUUUUUAAUUUGCAGAAUCUCUUUGAAAAAGUUUCUUUUCCAACGUUAAAUUGCGAACAGGCGUUUCGAUUCUGUAACAGCCCCCAAAAAUAAAUAAAGUCUGCCUGUCAUCACUGUUUAUAACUAGUUCUACUCUAUAAACAGCGUUCGUCAGGUUCAAUUUAUAUUUACAACUGGCAAACUACCGUUGCCUUAUUAAGACUUUUUUUUUAAUUAGGAAAAAGGAUUGCAGUUGAUAAAUGUAAAACAUAGAAGAGUUCUACUUUUUUGUUAAGUUGAAAGAGUGAUAUGAAUAUGAGCACAAUGACUUAGAGUUACAGAUAUGAAUAAUCUCCAGGUACACUUCAUACAUGGGAUUCGUGGUGGGUGGCUAGAUGGGAGAGUAUAUAGAGAUUAUGUACAGUCACACCAUAUGAACUGUCAGAGAUGCCAAGACUUCCUAACACAUAGUCAGGGUUACCAUAUGGCUCCGUGCUCGCUGGGACAGUUCAUUAUUGUCGUCUUUUAAUUUGCAUCUCAAUGAAUUCUGGUACAUUGCAUCUGUCUCACGCACCUUUUAAUUUGCAUCACAAUUAAUUCUGGUUCAUUGUAUCCGUCUCACGCAUCUUUUACAGUAAUAGUUACAGGACUAAGGGGAAAAAUAACUAGUACCCAUGAUGCAGUUUUUUUUUUUACUAUUAGCAUUCAGUCACUUCCUAUGUAAGAGUGUUUUCAUUUACCUUUACCUUCAAUAAACACUUUAUAAGCGAUUAA